CUUGAAACCUUACCAACUUGCUGCAGAGCAAGCUUCGAGGCAGCAUUGCUCAGUGGCGUGUCGUCUUUUUAUCCUCUCACUUCAUGUUGCCCUCGCAGUCGCUCGUUCGUGAAUAUUCCGCUCAGUCCAGCCGCCGUUCGUUCUGACACUCAACUUACCUACCUGGCACUUCCCGGAUCACCACUCCGAAACCUGUCAGUACCAAAGCAUUGACCUGCUGCAUCUGUCACUCAGUCAGCCAUCGGGGCAGGCUGGCAACAUCCUCCGAGCUGGAAACAUCUUUCUCCCGUCUCAUGCACAUCGUUCACUUCCAUACUUUGAGCACGGCAUCAUUACAUACGUACUACAUUGAGUAGUUGAUCCGAGAUCUGGUCCACUGCAAGCGAUGGCUUUAGAGCCCCCGUACAGAAUUCUGUUAUUCUAGCGGAAACCUCCUCUUCCACAACCCUCCUCGCCCGUAGUGAAAUACAGGCCCAUACACUUGCAGCAUGCGUUUUGGUAGGCAGAAAUCGAGCGUGGCGGUUGCGUUGGUCCAAGAUGAACCCGAAGCACGUCGCAGAAAUCGACUCUCCAAGCCUCUAACCAAGAAGCUCGCAACGAGUGUUUCUACAACCAGUUUACAAGAGCCAAUCCCACGAAUCAAGAAUGCUAGCACACCGGAUCUUCGAACAGGCGGCCCUUUGUCGAGCCACCCGAGCAAUGCUGCCCUCCGACAACAAAUUCGGUCGGAGGUAUUCAUCUCUAACAUAGAGUCCCCUAGCAAACAUUCGAAGACCGACUCAACCUGGAGCGUUGCGUACAUGGUCAACCAGAUCGAAGGGCACUCCGUUAAUGAUCUGGCCCCGCAACAGGAACAGUCUCCAGUAUCACCUGUCUUGGGCUUAUCAACUGUCAAGCCCAAGAAGAGGAAGUCGUUGAUCUUGCGGCGUUUGUCUACACGGCGAUCGGCUAGUUUGAAGCGAUCCACCAGCAACGGAAAGCUCGACUCUCUAAAAGAUGAGGCAAUGUCGGCUUCAACACCGUCUUCUUCCAUUGAUUGCAUAGUCGAUUCACCCUCGAUCCCUCCUACCCGACGAGCCUCAUUCACACCAGGUACCGCCACGAGAAAGCCAUCCCAGCUACGGCAAGAAGAACAAAUCGAAGAAGAGAGUCUCGUUGAAGAGUGGGAACAGCGGCAUAUCGUUGAUACGGACUAUUUCGAUUGGCGGCCUCCUGCACCUCCUGCAAUGGUCGGUCGAGUUGGGACUCCUGCCGACUUGGACUAUUCACAUCUGGGAGGGUUGAGACGUGGAUCUUUGCAGGUUAUGAAUGGACGAGCGUCUCCCACUUUUAGUGAAAUCUCCAAAGUCUCUCGACAACCAUUGUCUGUGCUAUCACCACAUAGAGACAUUUCGAGUGACUAUGGUGAUGCUGACGACGAGCUCCAAAAAGGUAUUCAAGCGGUUAAUAUUCGCCCGGUGCACACCCCUCUUGAUGUGAGCAACGAAGGUCGAUGUUUUAGCUGGGAGACCAAAGAUGGGGAGGUUUUACGCACCCAUCCGCUCCAAAUUGUCACGUCUGCAGAUACUGAGUCGACUUCGGCAAAAGAUCCGGACCAGGCAUCGAUGAUGGCACAAGAAUAUAUGGCCGAACUGGCUGCCAGUCCGUUUUCGGAACACAAGUCCUAUUAUUCGCCUGGAUCAUCAGGCAAGAGCAAAUCUGAAGGAUGGCUGCAAACUUCUUCCUCGGUAUCAUCACUGCACAGUUCGCCAGAAAGGUCACCCUCUCCCACUGGCUCUGUUGUCCGAAGAUCGAGGCAUGAACAAGAAGGUGAAAGCAGAUUGCAUGUUUUCGACAACGUACAUGGUCAGUCUGGUGACAGUGCGAGCCGUUGGUGCUCCCCAAGACUCUCGAUCGAUGAGGGGUUACAAUCAUCGCCCGAAUCCCAGGCUCAGGCCUCCUCAAGUCGAUUACAGCCUCCUCGAGCAUCUGAAAAGUCAGAUAGUGGCUACAGCUCCAGCACUUCAUUGAGGUCACUGCAAGUAGCGCCGGGUGCGUCACAUAUGAAGACUUGUGCUUUUGAAAACGCGUCCACCUCUACCCUGACUGGGCAAUCACAACAGCAGGAAGUCAAGCCGCCUCGACUAAGCCAUAGGCCAACAAUUUUGAAGUCGCGGAAGACUGCACCUCAGCUACCGACUUUCGCCAAUUUGAAUCCUCCUGUUGGAACGUUGACACCUGCACCAGCCGCCUCCAAGACAGAGAUUACCUCGGCAAAGACUGUCAAAGGCCGCAAGAAAUUACAGAAGAAGCGUCCGUUGAGCCAGCCGCCUGCCAAGGUCUCACUCACUCGAGUCCGUUCUUUUGAAGGCGAAGGGAUUCCCUCAAUUCCACAUGAAGUACGCGAGAACCUUCGCAUUCGUUCGGAAGAGGUGCCCGAGCUUGAGCGGACGUAUCUUCCACUCCAUGCUCUUACCAAUCAAGCUAGCCUUUCGAGCAUUGACCUGCAAAAGUCCGACAUAAGAUUUCCCUCGCCAGCUCCUGAACAGCCGGUUCCUAUCAGAAGAUCACGAAGCCUCAGUCGUCCGAGAUCGUGGAUUGGUCGUCCCAAGGAAGACAUGGUCAGUUCUCGGCGUAAUUCAGGCAUUAGCCAGAUUGAGGCUAUGGCAAUCAUCAAUGACUUUGGGACGGUGGCGUCGUCUCUGGGAGGGAGCCCUUAUGACAUGGCACAUGAGAAUAUGGUAACGGAACAGACGAUGAAUCCCUAUAACAUUUCCAUUAUCGCCCCACGACCAAAAUACAUGAUGGACGACAAGACAGCAGCGGAGCUUUCGAGGGCACGAAGCCGCUCGAUUCAACAACGUGCCGGCUUGCCGGCAAUCCAAAGACCGUCCUUCAACGACAGGGGAGGCAUUCCAGGCAGGAAUCUGAGACCAGCAAGUUUUGCCAGUGACGCUCCUCCCAUAACUCCUGAGAUGUUGCAGAAGGCAUUUCGGACGUCGUCAGCGCAGAGGCAACCCUCUUUGACUUAUGGUAAUGCACCACCCCCACCGUUGCACUCACCACGUCCCUCAUACAUUAGUUGCGAGGAAACCUCUUCCGACGUGGUAGUGGCCCCUCCUCCACCCCAUCACUCACCUCAGCCUAUGGACGUUAUGCCGAAUCCAUGGGCAGCACAUGCUGCAGCUUGGAAGGCUCGGCGGCAGUCUGCUGGUGUCGGCCUCCGGAGGCAGUCUUGGAGUUCUCGUGAUCCGCACGGGCACUUUGAAGGUCGUGAUAACUUUAUGCACGAAGAGCCUCUAUAUCCUGCCAUUCCUCCUCGGAACAGCCAAUAUAAAAGGUGGACUCACUGCGCUGCUCCUACUGAGCAUCCUCCUUUGCAGCAAGAGCAUUACGAAGGGUAUGAUGAUUAUACUUCACAUGGACAAACAGAUUAUGUCCGUCCAGAACCUGCGCACCAACGGUUAGGUGACUACGAUACAGCGUACAUGCGGCGGUCCAAACACAACUCGAUGGUACAUGACAACCAAUAUUCCCGUGGCCGCGUCCAGGAGCCGUACGCGCCAGUCCACCACUGGCCGCUCCCAGCCACCGGCCCUCAUGAGUCGGCCUCCAGGAAUCGCUCGUAUCGACCACAUUCGCAAGCGGGUAGUGUCCGCAGCUUUGCAUCGUCACUGGCUGAGGACUUACAUCCUUCAGAUUUGGAGAGGUCUCACCAACCGCCGGAGUUCGGACGUUAUUCUGGAGGACUGGCCUUUGAAUGCGAACGACGUAACGGAUUUGGAGGCUCGGCGGGCACGCGUUCAGUGAGCGGGAAGGCAGAAGCGGCGUGGAAAGACGUGCCUAUAAGAGCGAGCUUUGGCGUCGAUCUCGGCGAUGUCCCAGUCAUGGACGGGGCUAGAAUCCGAUGAUAUCCAGCAACAGAUGAAGGCAGCCUAUUCUUUGAAGCGGGAACGUGAGUACAGAAUGCGUUGGGGUAUCGGGAACCGGGCAGAGCAGAAUCAGUCUCUUUGUCUGCACAGAAGAUCAGGGCAUUCACAGCACCUUGGAUAUUGUACAGUUAGUUUGUUGGUUCAGGAUUAUGAAGCGAUUCAGCGGCACGAUGGUUGUACAUUAUACAUUUUCAGUUGGCCGUCAGACCUUUUUGGGCUUUCAUGGGUUACUUCUCUGGAACGAAAGGACUAAUAUCUUGUCUUGACUCUAUCGAAAUACUAGUAUCAAUGUCUUGGAUCCUCUCAAUACCAGUCUCGGAUCUCCUCGAGACGAGACAUUAUCUGACAGACCACCCAAGUGGUGGGAU